AUGCAAUCACCAAAUCCACAUCUGUUUGAAUACAAAGGAUCCUACUUUGUCAAAGAUCUGGUCACACCAGAAUACCUGGAUUCACUGGAAGAUUUUGAAAUCAGAGAUAGUGAUGUAUAUCUGAUCACAUAUCCAAAAUCAGGUACAAUGUGGACUAGGAAUAUUUUGAGCUUGAUUUAUUAUGACGGCUAUCGGAAUGGAACUGAAACCAUUACUUCAACAAACGACAUUCAAAGUGUGGAAUACAAUAUGCUGAAAUUGAAUUAUUUAAAUAUCACAUCACCUCGUCUGUUUUUCAGCCAUUUGCCAUACAAUUUAGUACCAAAAGGAUUAAGAAGUGGAAGAGGAAAAGUUAUUUAUGUGGCCAGAAACCCAAAGGAUGUCUUGGUUUCCUAUUAUCAUUUUUCCAAAGUUUUUCUUAAAAUGGGAGAAGCAGAAGAGCUUGACACUUUUGUGGGAAAAUUUCUGGCUGGCAAAGUGCUAGCUGGCUCAUGGCUGGACCAUGUAGAAGGCUGGUCUACUCAUAGAGAUGACUUCAACAUUCUCUUCCUUACUUUUGAAGAGAUGAAGAAGGAUCUGAGAAGUUCUGUGUUGAAGAUAUGCAACUUCCUAGGAAAAAGGCUGAAUGAAAAGGAGGUGGAUGAUGUCAUAGCUAAAGCUGCUUUUCAUAAAAUGAAAAUGGAUCCUACAAGAAAUGUUGAUUUCUGUCUAGAACACUAUCCUGAGCUCUUCAAUUCAAGGAAAGGGGGUUUUCUACGCAAAGGUACUAUUGGAGAUUGGAAAAACACGAUGACUGUUGCACAGAGUGAACUGUUUGACAGCACUAUGAAAGAGAGGCUGGAAAAGCUGCCCUUCAAGUUCUGCUGGGAUAUCAAAGACAAAUUAUGA